GGAGGAACCCUUUUUGCUAGGCUUUAGGGUUUGACGGACCGUCGUCUCGUUCAUAACCCAGAAAACAAUGCCAAUAUACAAGAUCAGAGGAAUCGAUGUGGACUUCCCUUUCGAGGCCUAUGAUUGCCAGCUAGUUUACAUGGAAAAAGUCAUUCAAUCUCUUCAAGAAAGAUGUAAUGCACUUUUGGAGAGUCCUACUGGAACUGGGAAAACUUUGUGCCUUCUUUGUGCUACAUUGGCUUGGAGGAAGAGUUUGGGUGGUUUCUCAACUGGCAGGAGUGAAUGGAAUGGUCAUAUUAUGGGAAGCCAACAUUCAGAUGUUCCACACUCACAGUCUGCAAAAACAAAUCUACCCACCAUAAUAUAUGCAUCACGCACUCAUAGCCAGCUCCGGCAAGUGAUUCAAGAAUUAAAAAGGACCAGUUACAGGCCAAAGAUGGUGGUGUUAGGAUCUCGGGAACAGUUGUGCAUUCAUGAAGAAGUGAGUUUACUUCGCGGAAGAGCACAAACAAAUGCUUGCCAUUCACUUUGCAGAAAGCGCACAAAAAAGGGUUACUGUGGUCAUUAUUCUCGUGUUUCAGAUUUCAUGAAGUACAAUCCUGGUCUUGGAGAUGACCCUAUUGACAUAGAGGACUUGGUCAAUAUUGGAAGAAGCAAUGGACCGUGUCCUUAUUAUGUAUCACGAGAGCUUCAUAAGGUUGUUGAUAUUUUAUUCGCACCUUAUAACUAUCUCAUUGAUCGUGGCAACAGAAAAUCUCUUAGCGUUUGUUGGAAUAACAGCAUACUCAUAUUUGAUGAAGCUCACAACCUGGAAGGCUUGUGUGCAGAUGCAGCCUCUUUUGACUUGCCUUCUUGGCUUCUGACAGCUUGCAUUUCUGAAGCAAAAAAUUGUGUUGACCUUUCUAUAUCAAGGAGGGAAAUUGAAAAAGCAAAUGAUAAAUCAUGUAAUCCAGAUAAUUUUGCUAUUCUUAGAGCACUUCUUUUGAAGCUUGAGAAGCAGAUUGCUGAAGUGCCUAUUGAGUCCAAGGAACUGGGUUUUACUAGGCCUGGGCCUUAUAUCUAUGAACUACUAGCUGAUUUAAAUAUUACACACAAAACUGCCACCAUGCUUAUUGAUAUAAUUGAGGAAGCUGCCUUGCUUCUUGAGGAAGAUGCAAAAGGAGUGGCCCAAAAGACAAAGAGUACCAUCUGCAGGCUAGAGACCAUGAGUGACAUUCUUAAAAUAAUCUUCAGAGAUGGUGGUAAUGCUCAUGCAAAAUUCUAUCGUGUUCAUGUCCAGGAAGUUGAAGCAAAUGCUGCAGAUGCCUUAAAAGGUAAGGCAUCCAGAACACUCAGCUGGUGGUGCUUCAAUCCAGGAAUUGCCAUGCAGGAAUUCGCUGUGCUCGGUGUUAGUUCUAUCAUUUUGACUUCUGGCACAUUAUCUCCCUUGGAAUCAUUUGCACAGGAACUGAACUUAGAAUUUCCUGUUCGGUUGGAAAAUCCUCAUGUUAUAUCCUCAAAUCAAAUAUGGGCUGGAGUUGUACCAGCUGGUCCAUCUGGUUGCUCUUUUAACUCUUCUUAUCGGACUCGUGAUUCUCUAGAAUACAAGCAAGAGCUUGGGAAUGCCAUUGUCAAUUUUUCUAGAAUUGUACCCGAUGGGCUGCUUGUAUUUUUUCCAUCUUACUACAUCUUGGAGCAAUGCGUUGGAUGCUGGAAGAAUAAAAGUCAUGCCAACUCAACAAAUUCUAGUACAAUAUGGGAACGAAUUUGCAAACAUAAGCAGCCCGUCAUAGAACCUAGACAAUCUUCACUUUUUCCUUCUUCAAUUGAGGAUUACAUGAACAAGUUAAAGGACAGCUCAAUGUCUGGUGCAGUUUUUUUUGCCGUUUGUCGCGGCAAGGUAAGUGAAGGACUAGAUUUUGCUGACCAUGCUGGGAGAGCUGUGGUUAUCACUGGUAUACCAUUUGCCAUGAGGACUGAUCCUAAGGUUCGUCUGAAACGUGAAUUCUUGGAUCAACGGGGUCUAUCCCAAAAGGAAGGAUGUAAGGUUUUGACAGGAGAAGAGUGGUACACUCAACAAGCAUCACGAGCUGUGAAUCAGGCUGUUGGCCGUGUAAUCCGUCAUCGUCAUGAUUUUGGAGCAAUUAUCUUUUGUGAUGAAAGGUUUGCACAUCCAAACCGUCAGUCUCAAAUUUCACUCUGGAUACAGCCUCAUAUCAAGUGUUACUCCAAAUUUGGGGAUGUAGUUUUUACAUUAACCCGUUUUUUUCGAGAUGCUGGAACUCAUGGUCCUCCUCAGCUGAAGUCAAGAGCUGAAGACAGGGGGGAUGUAAAUGAGAUGAAAAUUGCCAAGCCCCUGGAAAGAUCUUAUGAAGAAAACUCUCUCACUCCUCUGACUAUUUCAAUGGAUAAAGAUAAAUUUGUGAAGCCAUUGUCUUCUGUACUUGAAGCUAAAAGAGGCAACUUUUCUAGUCAAUUGGGAGGAGUUCUUCCUGCUAAUCGUUCAUCUCUGACUCCUUAUGAGCAAAAGCAGUCUUUAACAUUGAGCAGUCCUAGUGAUCUGUUCUCCAAAAAGAAAUCAUUGCUAAUCCCUGGGAGGAAAAUUAUGCAAUGUUCAAACAGUGAAAUGCCUUAUUCCUUUAAUAGUUCUUUAUUGGGUGAAAAACCAAGCAAAGAAGAAGUUUUAGUUACUUGUACUGCAAAGAAACGUAGAAUAGAAAAACUUGAUCCAGAUGCGAUGCAGAAUUUUGAAAUGUCCCAUCAUCAUCCAUUUAUGGUAAAAAAUGCACAAUCAAAUGACCAUUUGGCCAAUCAUUCAGUGAAACAUGAUAAUUCACAGUUGCCUGAUGGCACAAACAGAGAGACCCAGGUUGGUUCAGCCAUGCUUCUUGAAGAUGAUUCUCCAAAGAAGGAUGCUGAGUUCCUCAGUCAGAAAGGCAAGGGUGUUCAGUCUAGUCCUUUACCUUGCAGUGUUAAGGAAACAAGAGGAUCUGCUUUUCUAAUUCAGGUUCAAGAGAAACUCAGCACUGCUGAAUAUAAAGAAUUUGUGGGUUUCAUGAAGGCUCUGAAGUCCAAAGCAAUGAAGAUAGGCCAAGUUCUAGAAUCCAUUGCAAGAUUAUUUUCUGGGCCUGAGAGGCUGCCUCUUCUUAAAAGAUUCAAGGAUUAUAUUCCUGCAAAGUAUCAGUCUCUAUAUCAGCAAUAUCUUAAAAAUAAUGAGGAAACAAUUGACACCGAGGAAUCCUUUUCUUCUUAAAUCCUGGAAACUUAAUGGUUAUGGCAUGAAUUUGCGUGGCUAAGCCAGAAUAUCCGACUUAAGGAGAAAUGUAUUGAAGCUGAUAAUCAUCUACCUUCAUUUGAAAGAAAAAUGCAGUUCUCAGCACCAUUGCAAUUUGGUAAGAUUUAGUGCCCAUCAGGUUCAGGAAACUCCAUUCUGCAUUAUGGUAGAAAGCUGCAACACACCAGCUUAGGAGAGAAAAGGAAAAUCUGGAUGGAGCAGGAAAGAUUGGAUGUUAAGGAACCUCAGAUUUUGGGGUUUCACAGCCAAACAAAUUACAGCUAAUGUAAAUGCUGAUGAUUAUGGAAUGGGUAAGGUGGAAUAUUGGAGGCUUAAGUAUCAAGUGUCUGUAACUAUUUUCUUACAGAAUAAAGAGCACAUUUUAAGAGAAUCUUCAAUUCUAUUGUAAAUUUAUUCAUAGAGAUCAUGAAAUCUAUGUUAUUACAGGCCUUUUUCUCCUGUAAACAGUUUUGAUUAUUGCAAUAGUUAUUGUAAACUUGAUCUCUUUUAGGCUA